AUGGAUGCUAUGGCACAGGAUGCCGGCCAAGCGAUCGGGUCCUCGUACAACAUCCUUUUCUACUUGAUGGGGUUCAUAUCCUUUGUAUUCUCCAUCUUCCAUGGCGUUCCUGUUGUUAUCUUCCCUGAUGAGCCACUGUCGGUGGAACAUCUGAUCGAACUCAUGCAAUUACUCGCGCAAUUUACUUGCCCAACGGGUGCGCUCUACCCUCCAUCAGUUCUCGCCAUUCUGAGAUAG